GGCGGCGGCGGGGCGGGCGCGGCGGCGGCGGCCGGUGUCGUUCGCGCGGUGUCGGUCGCUCGGUGUCGGUCGGCGGCGGGGCCAGGAUGACGGCGAACGGGACGGCGGAGCCGGUGCAGAUCCAGUUCGGGCUGAUCAACUGCAGCAACCGGUACCUGACGGCGGAGGCGUUCGGGUUCAAGGUGAACGCCUCGGCCGCCAGCAUGAAGAAGAAGCAGAUCUGGACGCUGGAGCAGGACGGGGAGGACUCCAGCGCCGUCCUGCUCAAGAGCCACCUGGGCCGGUACCUGGCGGCCGACAAGGACGGGCGGGUGAGCUGCGACAGCGAGGAGCCGGGCCCCGACUGCCGGUUCCUGGUGCUGGCCCACGGCGACGGGCGGUGGUCGCUGCAGUCCGAGCCCCACCGCCGCUUCUUCGGCGGCACCGAGGACCGCCUCUCCUGCUUCGCCCCCGCCGUCUCCGCCGCCGAGAAAUGGAGCGUCCACCUGGCCAUGCACCCCCAGGCCAACCUCUACAGCCUGGCCCGCAAGCGCUACGCGCACCUGGGGCCCCGCCGCGACGAGCUGGCCGUGGACCGCGACGUGCCGUGGGGCGUGGAUGCGCUCAUCACCCUCCUGUUCGUGGAGCAGCGGUACAGCCUGCAGAGCUGCGACCACCGCCUGCUCCGCAGCGACGGCCGCCUGGUCCCCGCCGCCGAGCCCGGCACCGCCUUCACGCUGGAAUUCCGCUGCGGAAAGGUGGCCUUCCGCGACGGGGAGGGCCGCUACCUGGCCCCCUCGGGGCCCAGCGGCACCCUCAAGGCGGGCAAGAGCGCCAAGGUGGGCAAGGACGAGCUCUUCGCGCUGGAGCAGAGCUGCCCGCAGGUCGUGCUGCGAGCCGGCAACGAUAGGAAUGUCUCCACCCGGCAAGGGAUGGACCUUUCUGCCAACCAGGACGAGGAGAGUGACCAGGAGACCUUCCAGCUGGAGAUCAACAAGGACACCAAGAAAUGCGCCUUCCGUACCUACACCGGGAAGUACUGGACCCUCACCUCCAACGGGGGCAUCCAGUCCACCGCCUCCACAAAGAACGCGAGCUGCUACUUCGACAUCGAGUGGUGCGACAAACGCAUCACCCUGAAAGCUGCCAACGGCAAAUAUGUGACAGCAAAGAAGAACGGGCAGCUGGCAGCCUCCAUGGAGACAGCAGGCGAGACGGAGCAUUUCGUGAUGAAGCUGAUCAACAGGCCCAUCAUCGUCCUGCGCGGCGAGCACGGCUUCAUCGGCUGCCGCAAGGUCACCGGCACGCUGGACUCCAACCGCUCCUCCUACGACGUCUUCCAGCUGGAGUUCAACGACGGCGCCUACAACAUCAAGGACACCACUGGGAAGUACUGGAUGGUGGGGAACGAGUCGUCCGUCACCAGCAGCAGCGACACCCCCGUGGACUUCUUUUUUGAGUUCUGCGACUAUAACAAAGUGGCCAUCAAAAUCAAUGGCAAAUACCUGAAGGGCGACCACGCCGGGGUGCUCAAGGCAUCGGCUGACACCAUCGACGCCUCCACCCUCUGGGAAUACUAAUGCACUUUAGGGUACCUCCCGUUGCCAACUUCUCUUUCCCUUCCUGUCCUCUUUUCCUUUGGGUUCUGUUUCUCCUCUCUGUAACAGGAUUUUCAGACUGGCUUGCCCUUCCCUCCUGCCAUAGAGUUGGUGCGUUAUGUGGGAGGUGGGUCUCCGUAAAUCCCUGUAAGAACUGGAAAAGUGGUGGGGCUGCCUGCCUAUAGCUUUCUAGAGGGGUCUGUCUCUAUCCCCCCAUCCCUGCCUCCCUCCAGGUUUGCUGGGCUUGGAAAUGGCCAAUCCUCCUCCUGGCCCUGAGCAUCACCUUAGGUAGUUUAUGUUCCUCUCCUCGAUUAAAAAAAGGGAAUAAGAUCACCUCUGUGCUCGCUUCUGCCAUAUCAGCACUGGCACAGCCUCAGACUGUGCUGCCAGUGUCGCCUGGAGCAUCUGUCCUGUCCUGCCCUGCUCCAGUCAGGGGUGGAGCGAUGGUGCUGGGCUCAGCUGGCACAGCUGGCUGGUCCCAGCAGCUUCUCUCCCCUCCUGGACCGUGGGGCAGGUCCAUCCCCAGCUGAGCUGUAAGAGGUGACCUUACAUAUCACAGCAUCCCUGGGCAUGGCGCUGGCGUGUGCCAGCACUUCCCUGUGGAAGGGCCAGCAAGCUGCCCCUCCCAAACACCUGGAAAUGAUUCUUUAGGGUGAUCCUGGUCUGGAAAGCCUCAGCCUUUCAUCUCAUGGAGCCCCGUGCUCCUCCUGUCCCUCCACCCCUCCUUGUGCUUCUGGCCCUGGAGGAGCAUCCCAGACCCUGAUGGUGGGUCCAGUCUGGCCCGAGGCUGGUCCUGCUGGUGUCCUGGAGGGGAGGCUGUGGGGGGACACAGAGCCAGCCCGUGCCAGGGCGGGGGCUCCACCCAGCCCAUCUCCCGUGGGCUUGGUCCCGGCAGGAGCCGGGCUGCCCGACGUGAUCUCCCCGGGGCAGUGGCUGGAAGCAUAAACUGCAGAUUUUGGUUUACAGAAUAGAAAAGUUCCUUAGCAAACUUUGCACAGUGAUAUUUGCUCAGUACCUUUGAUGUUGUUUUUUUCUCUCUCGUGAAAUACUGGAACAGUGAAGCGAAUCACUGAACACCUAAUGCUGAAUUAGGAAGCGCCCGCUCCUGCGGGCACCCCGAGGGGGCAGCUCCCGGUCCCACCACCCCCAGGGCACCUGGGCUGGGCUCUCAUGAAUUGCAACCCUACUGGAAAAGGAAAAAAGAAAAAAAAGACCAAAACAGUAUUUUUGUUAGUCUCUAUUUAUAUAUGCUCUCCAUGGCACUGUGUGACCAGCUGUUGUCUGUACUAGGUCUGCAUUAGAGUUUGACGCUGUCUGUAGCGGGUGAUGCUGCGUGUUCCUUAGGGUGUUGAAAGGCACUUUAUCCUUUGGGGCCUGCCCAGGGCCGGUAUCUGCUCCCUACAAACACACCAAGGAGCCUUUUCCCGCGUGGGGCCCCUCUGGAGAGGGCCAGCGCUGGUCCCACCCCACGCCAAGGGUGCUCUCGGCAUCGCUGCCGUGCCAAACCAGGGCCGGUCCCUACUGCCAGGUCAGCCUUAAAGCCAUGAGGAGGGGCUCCCCUCCACAGGAGCUCGGUGCUAAACUCAGCUGGGAGAGCGAGGCUGUCCCCAGGCAGGGGGGCAGCUCUGGGCUGGGGUCCCUGGCGGGCGCAGGGGCUCCUGGCUGGGACUCUACCUCGGCUCUGCGCCCACAGCCUGGGGCUGCCCGCGGCCCCCGGCACCGCGAGUGCCCCGGGACCGUGCCACCCCUCCAAGGACCGAGUGUCUUGAGGCCCUGUGUGACCCUGUGACUCAACACGCCCUCGCUGGCGUCACCCCCUCCCCGUGUGCCCUGUCCCCGUCACCCAAACAUGUAACCCCCGCUCCGGCUUCUCCCGUGUGACACUAGGUCAACAUCUCUCCUGUUUCCUCUUAUCGGGUGUCGUGACUCUCUGAAAACAUCUCACUCUGAAAGUUUAAGUUUUGGGUUUGUUUGGGUUUUUUUUUAUUAUUGUUAUUUUUUUUUGUAAGUGCCAUUUGUAUAACUUAAAAAAAAAUAGCUUCAAAUGGAGAAAGAUGAAUUAAAAAAUAAAACCUGCAUUCGGAUUCAACCUGGUGUGUGGUCUGUGGGGGCUGCAACAGCCUUUUAAUGAGGCAAGAGCCUGAGUGUGGAGAUUUGGGGUGGUGGAGCCUUUGUCUGACAAAAGUUGAGCUGGUUCUGGAGAGCUGAGGAGAUGAUGGGGAGGGAAUGGUGACCAAGAGGCCCCAAGGAGGUGUAAAGCCAAGGCCAGCUGGAGGCUGGGUCACCUCUGGAGAUGCUCAGCACAGCCUGAAGCCACAGCCCAGGGGCAUGGGGGACCCAUGGCUGGAUCAGGACCACCUCAUCUGCAAAGCAGCAGGAGCAAAGCUGUGCCCCACAGAGCUGCUGCUCUUGAUUCGGGUGUUUCACCUCCAUAGGACGGCCCAGACAGGAGGGAAGAGCACGGGGAUGGGGGUUUGGGUGCAAGGUUGGGUGGUGGGCAGCAAUCAGCCUCGAUUUGGGGAUGUGCAAAAGGGCAAGAUAAAGGACUGAAGUGGGGAAGGAAGCCCAGCCCAAGCCACGUCCUCCCAAAGGAGCCAGGAUGUGCCCCCAGCCCUCCCAAGAUAACUGAAACCAGCCCUGAGACUCAACCAACCUCCAGCACCUGCACCGAGAGCAGCCAGAGCUCCCCUGCCCAUCACCACAGCCUGGCUGGGCACCAACAGGCCCCUGCUUGCCUUGGAAAAUGCAAAGCUGAUUGGAAAAAGCCAAGUUUGGGAUGUGGGGGCUGCCCAGCUCUCCCCAGGCACACAGCCCAGGGGGACAGGGGGGAAGGCAUUGCCUAGAGGGACCUUCACCAUCAGAUGGGGGGGAUGAGCCCUGCAAGGGCCACAGGAAGCAGGAAGGAAGGAAGGAAGGAUGUGCAGCCCUGACAAUAAACAGCGAGAAAUCAGGGCAGAGCAGGAAACGCUGAGCAGCUCCGAUGGCCGGGCUCAGCCUCACUGUGACAUCUCCGUGUGCACGAGCAAACCUGGCUGUGACACCAGACUGUGACACCCAGCAGGGCAGCAGGCAGCUCUGCCAGGGGCUGCCCACCCCAGGCAGGGGCUCUGGAGCUGCAGGAAGGAUUCUCCCCCUUCCCCUCUCCCCAGCUGCCAGCACACAUUUCCUUUUUUCCCCUCAAGGCUGGGUUCUGCAUUUACCAUCAUUCACCACCACUCCAGCAAGAGGGGAAAUCCCCUCAGCCUUCCCCCCCAUCCUGGUUUCCAUUUAAAGGAGCGACUGGAAACCAUUUUCUAUCCCAUCCACUUUUUCCUCAGGAGCACAUGGAACAGGUUAAGCUGUUCCAGGAGGGUCAAAUGGGUUUUUGCCUUGAGACCUGGAGGGUUUCCACUGGCACAGGCUGGGAUCUGGCCCCACUCCCUGGCAUUGUCUCAGCACCAGGCUGGCACGGGCAGGACGGGAGGACAAGGUCAUGGCUGUAAGAAAAGCACACAGGUGAAAGCCAGAGUGCACAAAUUUAUUUACAAAAAAUUCAAAUUACAAUAUAAUACAGGAACUUUUUACACACAGAAUAUUAGAACUGUUUACUACCAGAAUGUAAAGAAAAAUAUUUUUUGGUUUUUUCUCCUUUUUUUUUUUCUUUUUUAAUAAACCACCUAUUUAUUUUAGCUAUUGUUAUACAAAGUUGCAGAACAUGCACAUCUUUACAGGUCUUUUUUUUUUUUUUCUUUUAAUACAACGUUUUGCUAAGUGCAAAUACUAAGUUUCUCUCUCCACCUUUAAGGCAAGUAAAUGGGACACUGCAAUUAGCUGUAAAAGUACCUGUUAUGGGAUCAGCCUGGGCACAGCAACCUCCUCAUUGCCUUCAAAACCUUUAAACAAGUGGUUCCAAAGACUGUGGGGCAGCAGGAAAGUGGGAUGCAGGAGUUAGAGACCAGGUCAAGGCUGGAUUCGGUGGCUCAGUAAGUUUUGGGCUUUUUCCCUUUUUUU